GCUGGUUACGCCCACCCACAGCAAUCAUUCAAAGCCAGAGGGUUGAGAUGGCAAACGGGAGGAUAAAGGAGAGACCCCGGAAACAGUCGUCGAACAACUGGGCGAACGCACUGACUUUUCAGCAUCGGGUUGGGACUCUGAACUGAAUGGAUAGGAUAAAGGAAUUCAAAGGGAAGAUCCUUUUCAUCCUCCUUUUUGUUACUUUGCUCAUCAUCAUCUUCAAGUUACCCAGGACUAAUUGGUCUGUCCCACCACCACGUCGGCCUCCAGCCACUUCCCCCCCAGUCACUAAGGACACCAUCACUCCACUCAAAAAUACGAAGCACUUGCUGGUGUCAGCCUUCAUGGACCAGAGAGAGAAGGGUUUUGACGUACGCAUCAUUGGGAUAUUUAAGAGGGACUCCAUCCAACCACUUCACUGCUUCUUCUGCUCUGCAGACCGGUUAUGUAAGGAAACCACUCCGUCGAAAAUUUUACAGCACUCAGACAACUUUGGUUUUCCCUACACCACGACGGAUGUCCUGUGUCGGAUUCCUCAAAACUGUGACGCCUCAUAUGUCACUCUUGUCACUCAACCAGAGAAGGAUGCUACAACUAAACAUACCUGGCUUCCCAUAAGAAACAAGAACGAGAAAAAGCUGCAGUUCAACGUCACAGUCUGUGUCUCAAACUUGUUUGGGGACUACAACAAUGUGCUUCAGUUCGCACAGACUCUGGAAAUGUACAGGUUGCUGGGUGUCAACAGAGUGGUCAUCUACAACACGAGCUGCGGCUCAGAGCUCGAUCGCCUGUUGCAGAGUUACAGCGAGGAGGGCUUCGUGGAAAUGGUUCCCUGGCCCAUCGACAAGCAUCUAAAACCAUCUCCUGGCUGGCACGUCUCACAGUAUGGGGGGGACUUGCACUACUAUGGCCAGUUAACCACCCUGAACGAGUGCAUUUACAGAUCCAUGGAGCGUUCGCGCUACGUCCUGCUGAACGACAUAGAUGAGAUCAUAAUGCCAUACAAGCACAAUGACCUGAUGUCUUUGAUGAAGACGCUAGAGCAGCAGAAUCCAAAUGCGGGGGUGUUCCAGAUUGAGAACCACAUCUUCCCCAAGAAACACUUUGAGCCACAAAGGACAUUUAACCUGCCUCAGUGGAAAGGUGUGCCGGGAGUCAACAUUCUGGAGCACAUCUACAGGGAGGAACCACAAAGAAAUAUUUACCACCCGUACAAGAUGAUAGUUAAGCCAAAGAUGAUAGAGCAGACCUCUGUGCAUGAGAUGCUCAAGAAUUAUGGACAGCGCAACUUUGUCUCACCACAACUUUGUCGGAUAAUUCACGUCCGUGUUGCCCUCCAGGGUUCAUUAACGAAGGAGCAACUUCACGAGGACAAACGACUGUGGGACUUCAGUAAAAAACUGAUUCUCAAUGUGGACAAGGCUCUGAAAAGAGUGGGGAUGCUGAGCAACAGUUGAUGGAUGGUUGGAACAGACGAUGAGAUGGACACACUUUGAAUAUGUCUGACAGUGACUAUGCACUCCUCAGCAAAAGGGAUAUUUAUGAUUUCCUCUUUGCCUUUGUGCUCUGUGUUUUCUCUACUUUGAAAACAGUGCAGCUCAGUUUUUGACAAUUACAGGUACAGUUAGAAGUGACCUUAGUCACCUCAUCCCAAGGGAAGGAUCUUGUUCAGCUGUCACAUUUGGACUCAUCGACUGUGUACAAACAUACAGAGCAGUGCUUUGUGUUGAAGUCUGCUAGAAAUGCAAAUGUUUGGCCAGUAAAUGUUUACAAGGUGAGGCAGAUUCAGCAUCGGCUGUGAUUUGCAUUUACUGCUAGUUAAUAAAUGUUAGCAAAUCACAGCCGAUGCUGAAGAUGCCGAUUUCAGGUGGAACUACUGUACUCAUUUGAGAAUUUCCACAUAAAAUAUUGUGAAGAGAGGGGAGGGGUUAAUUUGCACCUUUCUUGGUAAACACAGCCUUAUUUGAAGUGAUUGUUUUUCGCAGGUAUUUUACCAAAGUAAUUUGCACCCAAAAUAAUGAGCAACUUGCUGAUUACAUAGUGGUACAAAGUUUGUUGGGUUUCUAAAUCAUCAGGAUUGAGGGCUUGGGUGUUUUUCUAGGUUUUCAUAGAAAAUAGAAUAGAACUAAUACAAUUGCAGUGAACAACGAAGUAAAGCCCUCGAUGAGCCAAGAUAUUCAUUUGCACAGAUUGUACCCAUUGUUAAAAUAUUUUCUAUACUUUACAUGUUUUGCCAAGGGAUUUGCACCUUUUGAAUCGUGUUUCCAUUUGGAAGCUUUUAAUGUGUUAACGACAUUCCUGUGGAGGUGUAUCUUCAACACGUGACUAUGAAGCAGACGCUGUGUAUUUGAAUUGUUGCUAUGUAAACAUGCCAAAGUGACUUCAAAGGCAGAAUGUAUAAUGCACCAUGAGCCACUUACCAUAGACUUCCUAACGUAUUGUCCAUAGUGUGGCCGAGCUGAAGCGCCACUGCAAGGAGGAGUGAUGCACAAGAUCCACAGCUACUCCAGAGAUCACGGAAUCCAAGGGCCCUCUUACGUUUUCCACCGACACUAUAAAUAUUUGAUGAGCGUGUUCAGAUGGGAUGGAUUAUAAUUGCUUGUGAAUUGGGAGCUUAAGUGUACUCUGUCCGGUUCUAAUUGUGUCUUAGAAGAUGGAGAUGACAUGUCAGUUUUUUUAUGCAGGAAGCCUACUUUCUACUGGGCAGCUCAGGGGACUAAUUUUGUUUUGUUGUUUUUGGUAUGGUUUUAUUGACAACAAUAAGACUGGGUUGCUGGGUUAUUCUUAAAUAAUUAAAUUAAUUGAUAAAAAUCCCUCCUGUAUGUCUGUUUCAUGGUGUUUUGUGUUUCUACACUCAAAAAGAAAAUGUACUUUUUUUCCUUGUCUCCUUGUCGCUGAGGGAGGGACAUGCCCACCGAGUAUGUUUGCCUGUUGAGCCCCGAAGCCGGGCACAGACGUAGGUCCUAUGAGCUCUGGUCUCCAAAGCACUUCUCAUGGCACACUCCCUCUGGGUCCCAUCAAGUGCACACAGUCCAUCUAUUCCCCCGCCAAAGACCUCAAGCUCCCCACGAGGACAGACGGCACCGCCGACCCGAACCACCUCCUCUGCUCCUCCACCUCCACCUCUAGCCUGGCAUCCCCAGCACUUCUCUUGAAGUUCAGGGGGGCCUCACUCUGAGCAACUCAGGGGACACGGACAGCGCUAGCAGCUGAUCUCUGGAACACACCACCGGACACAACAGUCGCUCCACUGAACUCCACGCCCGAUGACACUGCCAAAAACAUAAAGUCCAGCAAAAGCAAAACAAAACAAAAACAGCACAAAAGGCAAAAACGAACAAAAAAUUAUUUUUGAUAUAUAAAUAUAUAUCAGCAGAUAAGAGCAUUAUGGAGAAAAUGACCCGGCAGACCAGAAAAGAUGCCAGUAAAUAGCAAAUGUGUGCUGUAGCAAUGCCUAAAUGCUAACACAUCCUGUUUUAUGUUUUUAUAUUUAUUUAUGGCCAAAGUUGAUAAAAGGAAAACCCGUUCACACCCUCUGCUGCCAUUUCUGCUGCUGCAGUCACUUCCAGAAAAACCGAAACCAAUCCCUCUCCUAAUGGAAACCUAAAUACCAAAAUAUGGCGGGUAAUGCCAAAACGUCUGCUUUCCAAGUGACUCAGUAUCCUGUUCCAGUUAGAGUAUACUCAUCAUACACAGGCAAUUAAAAUCAAAAAAGCCACAGGACUGGAGACUUGGCAGCCAUUUAAGCCUGCGUGUGUCAUUAGGUUUACAUUGCCAGGUCUACUCAGACUUUCAAGGACAUGUAAACCAUAGACAUAAUAAAGAGUAGACGCCGCACUGGCUGCGGAGGCGCGAGAAAUGCGCCCGCCAUCUUGGACCGGUCAUCCUAUCCGUAAACCCACAAAGCAUUAAGAUGCCAGAGCACUGUGUGGCGUAUUCCUGUCAAAAUCGGCGCACUGUUCAAAACAGGGCUCGGUAAAUUACUUUUCACAAGAUUGAACAUUAUUAUAAUUAGUGUCAGUAUCAUAGCUACAUGUAUGACGUUUGCAGCCAAAAAAAACCCAAAAACAAACAAAAAAAAAACAAACAAACGUGAAAAUCAGUUAAAUAUUCAGCGAGCUAUAAUUGAUUAAAUGCGCUGACACUUCACUGCGCCUGCCAAACAGAUCACACUGAGUGGAGCGGGUGACCGGUCCAAGAUGGCUGCCCCACGGCUCGUCAGCGUAGUAGCGGUCGAUGCGGCGUUUACUUACUUUAUUAUGUCUAUGAUGUAAACUGUUACCAGGUUUUGCACGUGACGUCAUAGCAAGCGGCCGUAACCAGCGUCUCCAUGGUUACGGCCACUGAGUGGCAAAAAGUGACCGUUGAGCAUGGAGAUUAGCAGCAUUAGUUUGAAUCAUAGCCUUUAAUAGUGUCUACAUUGUAAAAUUAAUUUAAAGUCAGGUGACGGGCUUUUGUGCGAUGGACUGUGCCAACAGAUCUGAAAAGUAGUCAGGGACAUAUAUUUUUACAGGCUCUGGAAAGCCAAAGAACAGAGAAGUAAAUGGGCCGCUGCACAGAUACAUUUCACCAUGUCCAAAACCUUCCCCUCACACAUUGGACUCGGACAAAUCUUAAAAAAAAAAAAGCAUCAUCAUUUGGAAACUAUUUAUUGAACAUUUGCAACCAGAUAUCAGUUAAAUACAGAAGUUUCAUUUCUCUCUCUACAUCCCCCAACAGCAGGGACUGGCUCCGCUUCAUUAUACUCUGUCUGAGAGGAGGGAAUGUUACAGGACUUGGUAAAGCGCACGCUUGCGCUGGAAGUCAUUUGGCUUUCUUGUCUUCUGAUAAUCAAGAGAAAACGAAAUAUGCGUCUGCCUCUAUCGCGUUGAGUGCCGCUCCCUCUCCUCGCGGCGCCUUCACUUGCACUCGCACUCAGGCAUUUUUUUUUUUUUUUUGUCAAUCCUGCACA